CGACUCACCACCUUCACCGAUUCUCUCCUACGAACGACGCCAUUGUAUUUAGGGUUAGGGUUAGGGUUUUGCGGGGGUGGUAGGGGCGAUGUCGCAGAACGAAGAGCCGAUGCCCAAUCUCGAUCAAUGCGGUACCUUAGGUCUAAAAAUUACCGUUCCGGAUCAAUCCCUUCUUCUUCGAGCGAACCAAAUCGGUAAAAAUUGGACCGCUCAUCAUUUUCUUGAGCCUUUAUUUCUCAUACAUUAUCAACUCCUCCCCUCUCUCUUGGUUUUAAUUGGUUUUGGAUUGGUUAAGCAAUCGCGUCGGAGCUUCGGCGGCCAUGGCGGCGCCACGAAUUGCUUGGAUUCCGAUGCGAUUGUAGCGUCCGACCCCCCAUGUCCGAAGAUUCACCAUGAGAAAAAGAUGGGAUCAUACUCGGUGGAGGAGUUUGUUGGGGAUGGAACCCUAAAAGGGCUCAUUCCUAAGCUUGUUGAGGAGGGUUGGGAUGAUGUGCCCACGCUUAAGAUGAUGAAUUUUCAAGAUAUGGAUCAUAUGAAGUUUACACAGCACCAGAAGGACGCGCUUGAACUCAGGUCAUACCUCCAUGACCGUUCCUUGAUGGAGUAUGCCGACAGGCUUGAAGUCUCUAGGAUGUCUCUGGCCGAGCUGCUCACUCUAAGCACUUCGACUCUCGCUACACAAUUCGACAUGAAGAGGGGCCACGUUGCUCGUUUCAUUGAUAGAACAAUCACCUGUCAUGUACCAAUACCACCUUCACAUUCUUUCCCAGCAAGGGAAAGAACAUUAUCUUCCAUCAGUAGAAGCACACAGGAUAAUGAGGCUUCUAGAGAUUUAAGGAGGAAGCAAAGUGCAAUAUCUUCCGCAAAGCAAAGCUCAAAGCAAGAAGAGUCAACAGACAAAUCUAGGAGUGAUGUAAUUAGGAAAGAAGGGUACGUCUUUAAGGGAAUUGUUGCUUCCGAACCUGCUGACCCAAGGUUAUGCGGUUGUGUCCAGCCACCUCCUGUGGUGGAUAGUGUAGCUCCUUAUUCUACGAUAGAGAACAUAUCGGUUCAGAAGCUUACUCCUGAGUAUAAAGUCGGUAUGCACCGCUUGGUGGAAGCAAAAGCCCCACCUAUGAGAGCUUCGGAAUUAUGGCGUGAUCAGCCGGUUGUUCUUCUCUGCAUUCGUCGCCCUGGGUGCAUUAUGUGCCGAGCUGAAGCUCAUCAGCUUUAUGCAAGGAAACCUGUAUUUGAUGCACUGGGGUUUCAGUUGAUUGCUGUUCUGCAUGAACAAAUAGAACAAGAGGUUAGAGAUUUUUGGCCUCGAUAUUGGGGUGGGGUUGUUGUUCUUGAUCAAGGGAAGGAUUUCUUUAAAGCAUUAGGAGGUGGAGACCUGUUAAAAGACAAGUUUCUAACUGGUUUUGUUUUUAAUCCUCGUGCAAUUGCCAAUUACAAGCGCGCCAAGUCUACUGGAUUAGAUCAAAACUUCAGAGGAGAAGGUGAGAUUAAAGGUGGUCUUUUCAUUGUUGGCCGUGGAAAAACUGGUAUCGCUUAUCAGUUUAUUGAGAGGAACUUCGGAGAUUGGGCUCCUAUUGGUGAAGUCAUAGACAUUUGCAGCCAAUUUCAGAAUGAAUGGUCAGCCCAAGAGGAGUCGGUAUAGAGAGGUUCAGGUUGAAUGUUUCUAUGUAAUGCUCUGUGUGCUAUAUGAAUUCUCUGGCUCAAAGUCACUGAAGAUCUACAUGCGUUUCCAAUUGUUGAAUUAAAUUUUCCUAUAAUUACAUGUGAUACCACAUGAAUCUUGAGAAGUUGAUUGUUUAGGAAGUAAUGUAUUUUCUUUGCUCAUGCCUGUUGUUAUCUGUGAAUAAAUUGAAAUGUCUCUCAAUCAAAUGAUAAAUUGUAUGAAUUUGAAAACA